AAGACAAGACUUUUCGGGAAUCUCAUGACACAAUCCAAUGAUUAAUUAAGUAAUUUAUGUGGUCAUUCCUUCAUCAUCGUCUUCUUCUUCACUUGUAAGCUCUCACUUUUCAUUCUCUCUCUGCUGCUUACUGCUUCGCGGGUGCUUCUCUUCUCUGACACCAAGUGGGCACGAACGAUGAACAAGAGGCCCAGAACCACCCUCGACAAGCCUCUUCUCGAUCUCUGCCAUCGAGAGCUUGGUCAGAUUUCCAACCGCAAUUUCGCUCACCGUCUUGCCGCUUCCGAGGACCUUGUGCUUCGGCUUGAUGUAUUGAGGAAGCUGGAAAAGCAUAGAGGGUGUGUCAACACAGUUUGCUUCAAUGCAGAUGGUGACAUCUUGGUGUCUGGUUCUGAUGACCGCAGGGUCAUUCUUUGGGACUGGGAAACUGGCCAUAUUAAGCUCUCUUUCCAUUCUGGUCACACUAACAAUGUUUUCCAGGCUAAGAUCAUGCCCCAUUCCGAUGAUCGAAGCAUUGUCACCUGCGCUGCUGAUGGACAGGUGAGACAUGCCCAAAUUCUUGAACGUGGCAGAGUGGAAAAUAAGUUGCUGGCCAAGCAUCAAGGACGGGCUCAUAAGAUGGCUAUUGAGCCUGGUAGCCCUCAUAUAUUUUACACCUGUGGUGAAGAUGGAUUAGUACAGCAUUUUGAUCUGAGAACUGGCACCGCAACAGAACUCUUUACGUGCCAGCCAAUUAAGGACAGAUGGGAUUACAUUCCAGUCAUCCAUCUUAAUGCAAUUGCAAUUGAUCCAAGGAAUCCAAAUCUGUUUGCAGUUGCUGGGUCUGACGAGUAUACUCGACUUUAUGAUAUUCGCAAAUAUAAGUGGGAUGGAUCCUCCGAUUUUGGCCAGCCAGUAAAUUUCUUCUGCCCUCCACACUUGAUUGGUGAUCAACGAGGAGUUGGAAUAACAGGCUUGGCAUUUUCUGAACAGAGAGAGCUACUAGUAUCAUACAAUGAUGAGUAUAUUUAUCUUUUUACACAAGAUAUGGGCCUGGGGCCUAACCCUGAUCCCGGUUCCCCUGUAUCUAUGAACAGUGAUUCAAGUGAAAUGGGAGGUAGUCUUGGCUCUGCAGCCUCAUUGUCAAACAUUUCUGGCUCUGCUGAUGAGAAAAUCACUCCACAAGUUUUUAAGGGACACAGGAAUUCUGAGACAGUGAAGGGUGUUAACUUUUUUGGGCCCAAGUGUGAGUAUGUGGUAAGCGGGUCAGAUUGUGGUCGGAUUUUCAUUUGGAGAAAGAAAGAUGGGCAGCUUAUUCGUGUCAUGGAAGGGGAUAAGAAUGUUGUGAACUGCAUUGAGUCUCAUCCUCAUACAAUGGUUCUUGCAAGCAGCGGAAUUGAGUAUGACAUCAAGAUGUGGACUCCAAAGGCACACGAGAAAGCUACUUUGCCCAAAAACAUUGAGCAGAAGGUUCUCUUGUUUGAUCCAAUUCAUUGGUUUAUUGAUGAUACUACCGAUGACGACGAUGAGGAGGAUGAUGACAGCGAUGUUGAUGAGGAUGAGGAUGAGGAUGAUGAUAUGUUUGACGACGACGAUAUGUUUGAUGAUGACAAUGAUCUUUAUGACGAGGAUGAUGAUGAUGGUUCUGAUGAUGACGGUGGCAAUAGUGACGAAUGUGUUGAUGAUGCAAAUGUUGACACUGGUGAUUUUAGUGAUGAUUGUGAUGACGAUGACAAUGACAAUAUGGGUGGUGGUGUUGAUGAUAAUAAUGAUGACAAUCGCAAUGAUGAUAAUUUUGAUGGUGGUUGUAAUGCUGGAAAUUUAUGAUAAUUUUGUGUGUCCAACAGAAACCCAAGGCUAGGGGCUGGAUGUACCGGAUAGCUUCUCCUGAAGAACUGAUGUUGCAACUGUUUUCACUUCCAAGAAGGAGGGUUAGGACAAACAACAAUGGAGAAAAUUCCGCUGCGGAUCGAGAACUUCUGGAGUU